UUGAUUCACAGUUUGUUGUGAACCAAUCAAUAUGAAGGCAGCUAUAGUUUUGGCACUAAUCGGUACAGUUUUGACGGCUCCGCCAGUCAGGGUGAUGCCGAAACCAGGCAGUGAGCUUGAUCAGUACGCUCACAUAUUUGCAAAGGUACGACCACCGGGCCAGAAGCACCAGAACAUGGAGAUUGAAUCCCAGCCACAGCACCACAACUAUCUGUCGAGCAACCAUUUCAAUGCGGAAAUCAAUCAUGUGGAGCCCAAGCAGCCUCAGUUCAUGGAACAUGGUUCUUCUCAGGUGGAGUCGAGACCUCCUCACACCGUGGACUUUGAGAUCAGGCCGGUGGAGCAGAAGCCACCCCAGCGAUUGGAGUUUGAGGUGAAGCCGCAGCACGAGCAAAACUCUCCCCAGGGACAUUUGGUUUCUUUGGGCGUCAAGCCAGUGGAGCAGAAGCCACCUCAGCACUUGGAGGUGGAGAUUAAGCAGCAGCAGCCACAUUCUUCGCCAAAUCAUCAGGUGGAACUGGAAAUCAAGCAGGUGGAACAGAAGCCGCCUCAGCACUUGGAGAUUGAGAUCAAGCCCGUUGACCAGAAGCCUCCUCACCGUGUGGAGCUUGAAAUCCAGCAGCAGCACCACCAAAGCUCUGCCCAGGGACACUUGGUUUCUUUGGGUGCAGUGGAGCAGAAGCCCCAACAUAUCGAUCACAAUUCCCAGAAAAUCGAGCUAGAAUUUGUUUAGGAGAAUGAGUUAUGGAAUCCCAACUGCAGAAUCAACAUUUCUACCUCAAUCUGCACCAAUAGAGCGACGGGCCACAAAAUGUAUCCGUUUAACAAAGUGCAUUAAAUAUGUAUAAUUACAAAGCGAGUGUUUUCACUGACCAGUCCUCCCAAGGUGCUUGUAAAAUGAGAAAUAAAUAAAAAAGGUCUAGAGCAG